AUAUUUAGAGCAGAAAAAAAUAUGUUCACCAUGAUUUUACUUUUCUUACUCCUGAACAUUCCCCUUCUUGUGGCUAAUUGUAUUUAUCCCAGGUGUUUUUGGAGAAUGAAGCAGAAUGGAAACAAGGAUGGAAACUGGAGAACAGGUUGUGUCUUCUUUAUUACAUCAGUACAGUGGCCUGUAGAGAAGGAGUAUUUCAGUGAUAUUUUCAAUAUACAAAUACAUACUGAACAACACAAGUAUGCUCUGGCUUUGGUUUUUUCCAUAUAUGAAAUCAACAGAAACCCUGAUCUUUUGCCAAAUAUGUCUCUAAUAUUUAAAUUCUUAGCAGACACUUGUGAUUGCGAAUCCCAAUUAAACAGUGUCAUUCAUUCGAGUUUACAAAGUCAUACGAUUCUGCCUAAUUAUAUAUGUGAAGAAUUCACCAACUGUCUAAUGGCACUUACAGGAUUAAAUUGGGCAACAACUGUUAAACUUCAUAUAAUCGUAAACCACUUCAUAUCUCAGCAGUUCCUUCAGCUUACUUAUGGACCUUUUUAUCCUGUCUUGAGUGAUAAUGAAAAAUUUCCCUGUCUUCAUCAGAUGUCCUCUGAUGAUAGAUCUCUAGCCCUUGCUCUGGUCUCCUUCAUAAUUCAUUUCAGUUGGAACUGGAUAGGGUUGGCCAUCUCAGACAAUGAUCAAGGUGUCCAAUUUCUCUCUUAUUUAAAAAGCGAGAUGGAAAAAAGUACAGUCUGCUUUGCCUUUGUCAACAUGAUUCCAGUCAACCUGCAUUUGUACAUGUCAAGAGCUGAAAUGUAUUACAACCGAAUCAUGACAUCAUCAACAAAUGUUGUUAUCAUUUAUGGUGACACAGACAGUACUUUAGCUGUGAGCUUUACAAUGUGGGAAUCUCGAGGCAUACAGAAAAUAUGGGUCACCACCUCAAAGUGGGAUGUCACUCCUAGUACGAAAGACUUCACAUUUGAUAAUGUAUAUGGGACUUUUGCUUUGGGGCAACACCAUGGUGAGAUUUCUGGUUUUAAAAAUUUUGUCCAGACAUUGAACCCUUUCAAACACUCAGAUGAAUUUCUGGUAACGCUGGAAUGGAUGCACUUCAACUGUGAAGUCUCAGAUUCUACGUGUAAGACACUGAAAACCUGCUCAUCUAGUCACUCAUUGGAAUGGCUAAAGAAGCAUACUUUUGACAUGGCCUUUAUUGAAUGGAGUUAUGACAUAUACAAUGCUGUGUAUGCUUUUGCUCAUGCACUCCAUGAGGUGAUUUUUCAACAGUUUGACACUCUGCACAAAAACAAUGUCAAAGAAAAUUACAGCUGCAAAAAGCUGUGUUCCUUUCUGAAGAAGAUGUCCUUCACUAAUCCUGUUGGAGACAGAGUGAAUAUGAACCAAAGAGACAAACUACAAGAAGAAUAUGACAUUUUCUACAUUUGGAAUUUCCCACAGGGCCUUGGACUUAAAGUUAAAACAGGAAUGUUCAGUUCCUAUUUUCCAAGUGGCCAACAGCUACAUUUAUCUGAAGAUAAGAUAGAAUGGGUAACAGGAAGUACACAGAUGCUGACUUCUGUGUGCAGUGCUGAUUGUGGUCCUGGAUUUAGAAAAUCUGUGAAGGAUGGAAUGGCAGCAUGCUGUUUUCAUUGCAAACCCUGUCCAGAAAAUGAAAUUUCUAAUGAGACAAAUGUGGAUCUGUGUGUCCAAUGUCAAGAGGACCACUAUGCUAACACAGAGCAGAAUCACUGCAUUCCUAAAGCUGUUGUAUUUCUGAGCUAUGAAGAACCAUUGGGAAUGGCACUUUCCUUAAUCUCCUUGUGCUUCUCUGCAUUCACCAUUGUGGUUCUUGGGGUCAUUGUAAAGCACCACAGUACUCCCAUUGUUAAGGCCAAUAACCGAACUCUCACCUACAUCUUGCUUGUCUCACUCAUCUUUUGUUUUCUCUGCCCCUUGCUCUUCAUUGGCCAUCCAAACUCAGCCACCUGCAUCCUUCAACAAAUCACAUUUGGAGUUGUAUUCACUGUUUCUGUUUCCACUGUGUUGGCCAAAACAAUUACUGUCAUUCUAGCAUUCAAAGUCACAGCCUCACGAAGAAUGAUGAAGUACUUUCUUGUUUCACGGGUAUCUAACUACAUCAUUCCCAUCUGUACUCUAAUUCAAGUUAUUGUAUGUGCAGUCUGGCUGGAAGCUUCUCCUCCUUCUGUUGAUAUUGAUGCAAGAUCAGAGCAUAGUCACAUCAUCAUUGUUUGCCACAAGGGUUCAGUCAAUGCCUUUUACUAUGUUCUGGGAUACUUGGCGACCUUGGCUUUUGGGAGCUUCACUCUGGCUUUCUUUUCCAGAAACCUUCCUGGUGCCUUUAAUGAAGCCAAAUCUAUAACAUUCAGCAUGCUGGUGUUCUGCAGUGUCUGGGUGACGUUCAUCCCUGUUUACCACAGCACAAAAGGCAAGAUCAUGGUGGCUGUGGAGAUCUUCUGCACUUUGGCCUCCAGUGCAGGGAUGCUGGGAUUCAUCUUUAUUCCCAAAUGCUAUACAAUAUUGUUUAGACCAGACCAAAAUUCUUUUGAAAUGAUUAGGGUCAAAUCAUCUUCCCGUGUUCAGAUUUCAUAA